CUUAGUUAAUAUUCAUAAGACGUCCCUUCACCGUAGUAGGAUUGGGAAUUUGCGUUGUGGAAACAGGUUGAAAUUCAGGCUUUCAAUUGCGCUUUGCACGAGACCGUAUCAUAUCAGCGCUACACGCACAGCACUCACAACAUGGCUGGAAAGAUCCAGACUCUUACUAUGGAGGAGAGGGAGCACAUCCUGCCCAUGAUGAGGAACGCUCAGUGGGUGGAGGUGGUGGGGAGAGAUGCCAUUUACAAAGAGUUUCUCUUCAAAGACUUCAACCAGGCUUUUGGGUUCAUGUCCAGAGUUGCAUUACAGGCUGAGAAAAUGGAUCAUCACCCUGAAUGGUUUAACGUGUAUAAUAAGGUUCAGAUCACCCUCAGUACUCAUGAAUGUGGAGGACUCUCACAACGUGACAUCACACUUGCAACCUUCAUAGAUCAGGCCUCUGUCCUCUGAAUGGACCCUGUCACUUGAGAGCCUGUUAGUCGACCUCUGUAGUCUGUAAAACUGGACCAAAAAUAUAGUGAAACUUCAUUUAGCACAGUUAUUACCCUAUCAGUUUUGACUGUGUGUAGUCUGCCUGUUACGCCGAAUCAUUUCCAAAUAAGUAUUAAUGGAACAGUCAGGAGAAAUUUCAUCUUUUAAAUCAUUUUACAUUCACACAAUACAGAAACAUACAACAGAUCAGAGAUGAGAACUGCUAGCACACUAAAGAGACUGGCUAAGCACUAUUACCUCACUGUUUUCUAUGGCUUAAAGUCUUUAAUCUUAGUAAAUAAUGGUGCCUUUAUUUCCAUUUGAUGUAAUCCAGCGAUAUCAUGGUUAGUGCCUCAGUGAAUUGUAUUAAACUGAAUAUUUGCCAACUUUA